AGACAAUGCGCGCUGGAGUGCGGGGAGCCAAGGAAAUCGUCGGCCUUAGGCUUUGUAAAAGUUUAUGGAUCUUACAGAUUAGCGAUUGCUUCAUAUUAGGUCUAAAAGCGGUGAUUUAGCCUGACUUAUUGCCUUGGCCCCCUAUAUUAGCAGCCCAGUUGGACACCCCCCAAUCUCAAUUCCUCCCUGGACGUGGCGCUUCUUCUUUUCAACAAUGAAACAUCGACGAGGAAGCAAAUUCCAAUCUACCACUCAACUUACCAGUCAAACUAAGAAACCGGAUCAUCACCUUGUCACAUGUAUAUUAUACUACCACUACUAUAUGUGCUCUCGAUUCUUCCUGAACGCAUUACAAAGAAACCGCUGCACAAGUCCAAGCUCUGCAAACUGCAAUGGCAGGAGAAAGAGAACCAGGAGGCGAGCUGCAGCUGCUGGGCGCGUGGAUCAGCCCCUGGGUGAUCCGGGCAAGAGUAGCGCUGGAGAUGAAGGGCGUGAGCUACGAGUACAUCGAGCAGGACCUACAGCAGAAGAGCGACCUCCUGCUCCGGUCCAACCCGGUGCACAAGAAGGUGCCCGUCCUGAUCCACGACGGCAGGCCGGUGUGCGAGUCGCUCGUCGUCCUCGAGUACCUCGACGAGGCCUUCGCCGGGACCGGCCCGACCCUCCUCCCCGGCGACCCCUACGACCGCGCCGCCGCCCGCUUCUGGGCCUCCUACGUCAACGACACGUUUUUCCCGGCGUGGAGGGUGCUGUUCAGGUCGACGACGGCGGAGCAGAGGGCGGAGGCGUUCGAGGACGUGCUCCCUCAUGCGGAAACGCUGGAUCGGGCGUUUGAGGAGUGCUCAAAGGGGAAGGCCUUCUUCGGCGGCGACGGCAUCGGGAUCGUUGACCUGGCGCUCGGGAGCUUCCUCGUUUGGAUCAGGGUGGUGGACGAAUUGGCCGGAACCAACCUCCUAGACGGGACGAAAUUGGCACCGUGGGCGGAGCGGUUCUUGGCCGUGGACGCCGUCGCGGAGGUGAUGCCCGAAGCCGGGAGGAUCAUGGAGCACUACAAGGGGUUUCUGGCUAAAUUGGCUGCAACACCGGCUGGUUCUAGCUGAUUGGAAUGCUCGCCCACUGUGUCAGUGAGAUGUACUGUGAAAAAUAAUUGUUCUCUGCUGACAACCUGAGCGGGGUACGUGUUGAAUAAAAAGAGCAAAAUGCGAGUAUAUUGUCUUUGUGCCCACAUAUUCUUUUUUUCCUUCAAAAGUUGUUAUUUGUUGAGUGGAAUAACACGUUGAAUUUUACUGACCUA